AGUCCCACUAUCCAUCCAAUACGAAAAAGAAAUUGAAGAAAUAUUAUCUGACUCGUUUUAACACAUGUCGAAAGCCAUUUUAUUACUCUUUUUACAAGCUAAGAGCACUAGUGGAGCGAUCUAUGGGCUUCGUCGGCAGUUUACCAACACGACAAUGGCCGAACUGUCUGCUUUAAGAUAUUUUUUAUAGGCCAAUACGACCAAACCUGCCAUGUCUUUGGUUUUAAAAAUGGCGUAUACAAGCUUUUUGUUUGCCGGUUUACGCUGUUAAAUAGUUUCUAUGACCUCGCGGCCAAUCGAGCGAGAUUGAAACGUUGUGAAUAUGAAAAUAAUAUACAUGUGUACGUAUAUUAAUCAUCACUGUGGACCCCGUGAAGAAAUUUUAGUAGCGUUAUGGUGAAUUAGAAUGGUGCCUGUGGCUUGUCAAUCUCGCACGUCGUCAGGUUACCCGUUCGUAACGUAAAUAUCACCCAGCGAGCGUUUUGUAUUUCAGACAUGACAGCGUCGCAAAACAGUAGAUAAUGGAGAGUUCAGAAGACGAUGCGGGCGCCGCGACGAACGCUUCCCGCCGUGGAUCGGCGCGGGAAAAGGACCUCGGGCUCAACGAGGAGGUCGAAGCGACCGCCAAUGCGUCUCGAGAAGCAUCGGGGGCCCAAACGCCGUGCGAGUCCGGAACGAUGUCGGAGGAUAACUUCGACGGCGACAGCGUCCCGUCGCCAUCGACGCACGACAACAAUGCGAGCACGGAAGCGAUUUUGGACAUGAUUGACGAAAUUUGUGACGGACCUGGUGCACCGAAACGAGUUCCAUUGUCGACUGAAUGUGACGAACCUGCAACUUCGCCACCCACGCCUGCCGCGCCGCCGGCCCCAAGCGAGCCUCCGCCGCUGGAGCCACCCCCCACUGAAAACCUAGCACAUCAUAGCAUUCCUCAACUAGAGGAAAAUGCUAGUACAUCACAGAACACUGAAGACCUACAAGUUGCCCUGGUGUUAUCCCCAGUCUCUAGUGCCAAAUGUGAAAGUGCACCUGAGAUCUUACCUGAAACCCCAGUAGACAACAUAUCUGAAAGUUCCGUUUCUGCAGGCACCAAUACCAGUAGCACAGAACCCCAGGCUAGUUCAUCUGUGCCUGAAGUCUGUGGACCUGCAGAAAAUGAUGCCCCGGAGGCACAAAAUGUGAAUGUAGAGGCAGCUAGCACUUACUCAGCUGUAAAUAUUCCUUCCAGCAGUGUAGAAACUGUACCAAGUGUUUGUGAGAUUAGUGAAUGUGAAUCAAAUGACCGGACAGUGAAGCAUGUGACUUCCAGUGAUAACAGAGACAAUGUGACUGUUGAAAGUGUUGAGUCUACAUCAAGUGAUGUUAGUAUAAGUGAAGGGACACAAGAGUCUGCAACAAGGUCGCCUUUGCGCCGCAGACUUAUUCGGCCGACUCCGUAUGAUCGCCGUCCGGACACCACUGUCUCCUCUACUGUUGAUUCCCAAGUUAGUGAUAAUGAUGUUGGACAGACAAGCAGUGAGAGUGUAGCAAAGGAUGUGUCUAGUUCUUCUGACAUCAUCCCCCCUGUACAUGGUAAUGUAAAGGAUGUUGAAAGUAGCAAUGUAAGUGAAAUUAGUGUCUGCAAAGCAGAGACAUCAACAACUCCUUGUAAGAAAAUCAAGUUAGUAAGACAGAAAGUUACACCAUCAACAAGUCAGAGUGUACAAUCACAAAGUCAAGCAGUUACACCUGAGAUUGAGGCUCCAUCAACUUCAUCACCUACUGUACCAUCAACAGUAACAGCUUCAUGUUCUUCAGACUGCAUUAGUACGAGUGAAGCUAUAGAUGAAGUAGAUAAAGCAGAGCCCAGUCCAGCUUGUCAAUCAGAAUCCGUUAUUGCGGAAUCCAUUGCGGAACCUAUCAAUAAAUUAACAAAUGAAAACCCUGUUGUAAGUAAAGAGAUUGAACAACCGAGCCACUCCUCAGGGGCAUCAACACUACAGGUCUCUGAAAAUGAGGAUGUUCAUAAGAAAGUUCCUCCUAUUAAACUUAAUUUGGCUGUGUCAAAUGUACCAGAACCAGUCAUUAAUGAUACAAACAAAGAAAUUGAAAAACAUCCCAUUCCUGAGCCUACUCAGGAUUCACCAGAGACAUCAAAGCACAUCCCUAAACUAACUAUAAAAUUAAGUGGAAAGCAACCAGAGGAUAUAAAGUCUCCCAUCCCUAAAUUGACUAUAAAACCCAUAAAGCCCCCUGCUGAAGAUGAGCUAAAAACAGAAAGCUCCAAAAAUAGCGAGCCAAUACCUAACAUUACAAAAAUUAAUAUUAAACCUAUUCUUAGACCACCAGAGAAGAUAAAUGAUAUUCACCGAAAAUCAAGUAGUAGUGAAAUAUCAGAAUCUGAAUGUUCAGAAAAUGAUGAAACAAGCACAUCAGAUCAGGCAUCCACCUCAGAUCAAGGACCUACUGACAUCAUACCAAAAGUUACCAUAAAGCUUGGUAAACCGGGAACUGAUGGGGAGGGCAAGUUUUAUACAGACCAAACUGUACCUAAGCUCACAAUAAAAGGUCUACAGCAGCCUGACCAGGAAGCCUCGGAUUCGAAACUAAAGUUAGUUGUUAGCCCAUCAGAAGAAAGAGUGGACAAGAUACCAAAAUUGACAAUAAAAACUGUGGCUAAGUCUGACAGCCAACUAAGCCCGAAGCUGACAAUAAAACCUAUAAAACAUGUAGAAAAUUCUGGCAAAGACAGUACAGCUGAUCAUUCUGAUACUAAAAUGUCUAAGAGUAAGUCAGCAGAUUGUGCUGAUACUAGUGGAGAAAUUAAAGAGGCGUCACACAUCCCCAAAAUCACAAUUAAACCAGUUCUUAAAAGUGACAUUGAGUCAUCUCCUAAAAAGUCUGUAUCAAAAUGUGACAAUCUUGAACAAAUUCCUGUAGUAACAAAAUUAAACAUCAAACCCAUUUUGAAACCUACAGAUGGAGAAGUCUCUGAAGAAAUGAAAGAUGAAGUUCCUGUAGUUUCAAAAUUAAAUAUUAAACCUAUACUAAAACCUAAAGAUAGUGAAGUAGACUCUAGUAUAGAAGAUAUCCCUAAAGUAACAAAAUUAAAUAUAAAACCAUUAAAACACCCUGAAGAAAAAUCUUUGGAACAAAAAGACUGUGAUGAAUGGAAUGCAGACAGUGAUGAAAAUAGUAUACCUGUUGUUACUAAACUUAAUAUUAAGCCUAUAGUUAAGCCACUAGAAGAAGAAAAUAUGAAAGAUACUGAAAACCAAUCCUCUGAAACAGGAAAUUCAAGUGACGACAAUACUGAUAUACCUGUUGUUACUAAAUUAAACAUAAAACCAAUAUUAAAACCUGCAGGUGAUGAAGAUAUUGCCAAACCUAAUACUUCAACAGAAAGUAACAUACCUGUUGUUACUAAACUGAACAUCAAGCCUAUUAUAAAACCAGAAGAAAAUGCACAGCCUUCAUCCCCUAAGAAGGAAAUUCCAGUAAUUACCAAACUGAACAUCAAGCCUGUUGUUAAACCAGAUCAAAUUGAACAAUCCAAAAGCAGAGACACUGAAGAUGCAAAUGUGAAGAAUCCUCCAUUAGUGAUGAAAAUUAAUAUGAAAGCUGUUACGGAUGCAUCAAGUGAUGAAAGUUUGAAAGCUGACAUAAAAAUCAAUAAUCUGGAUGAUAAAAUUGAACAUGUUUAUAACAAUAUUAAUGAUAGCAUACCUAUUGUGUCCAAAAUCAACAUUAAACCACUUGUCAAACCCAUAGAAAAUGAACAUGUUAAUAAUGAUUUGAGUAAUUGUCAUAAUGAGGACUCCAGUAUAAUUCAAGCUACAGAAAAUUGUCUGGAAGUCCCAAAGACCGAAAAGGUUAAUUCAUUGCAUAAAAAAGAAACAAUACCUGUCACUGCUGGAGAUCGUAAAACAACAAAGGAAAAUUGUCUUCCUAAGGAAUCAAAGACCAGGGAAACUCCUCAUAGUAAUGAUUUUGAUGGAACCAGUACAGUUGCAGUAUCUAAUAAGAAAGAACAUGUAAAUACUAAUGUAGAACCAGAAAAUAAGGAGCCUAGUAAAACCACACCAUCUGUCAAGCAGACAACUUUAUCAAAUUGUACAUUAUUAAAGAAGUUGUUAGAACACAAAAAGAAAGAUAUAGAAACAAGAGUAAAAGAACCAGAAGAAUGUGAUCCAACUGUGCCUGAAGAAACUAAAUUAGCUCCAGCGGGCUCAACAAGCGUUUCAAAUUGUGACCAAAUUGAUAAAGUAAACUCAAAGACAACUCAUGAUAAAAAAAGAAGUAAUGCACCCAGCCAGGAUGUACAAAAUGAAACAACUUCCCUUACACCAAAUGCUCAGUCUCUUAAUCGUUGUAGAGCAGAAACUGACAAUGUAACAAAACCAUUAGAAAUUAAUAUUUCAGAAAAGAUCACAACUACAAGCUCAGGUCAAGAUUCUCCACGAAUUAUCUUGAAAAUUAAUAAGACUGAUCAUGGUCCUUCUGCCAAAAUUAUAACGGAAGACAUUAAAAGACCUGACACCAUGCAAGAUAGUUGCUCACCUGAAAAUACUCAAGAAAUGGUUAAUGACAAGCAAAGAAAAGGUAUUGUAAAUAGCAAACGAAAAGGACUAGCGGAUGCAUCACCAACAGUAGCCUUGGGAAAAAGGUUACGUAGUUCAAGGGUUGUUCAGGAAUCAGAUAAGUCUCCUCCCAUCAAGCGUAAUGCUGGAAAGAGGCCUCCUUCUGUAGAAACCAGCCCUCCGCAGAAAAAGGAACCGGAACUCUCAGUAUUAGAAACAAAGCGGUUAAAGCUUGGACAGUUACUAUCCAAUAAGGCUCUGACAAUACGCCCUGUAAAUCCUAAAUCUGAAAAUGCAACCUCUGAAGCUAAAACUGGAUUGGAUUGUAAACAAACCACUAAAGCAGUCAAUCAUUCUAUGUUAAACAAUGAAAACUGUUCUAAAAAUGGUAAUUCUAAGCUUCAUAAUAUUCUGUCGAAUUUACAAGCCAAGCAAAUUCAGGUCAUGCCUCUAAAUUCUAUUAACUGUGUAGAAAAAACUCAGUCUAUAGAGAUAGACUCUAGCACAUCAACUGGCAGCUCUGAUGUAACUGAAGUUAUAGCAAUUGAACGAUCACAUCCGGAAGUACAGGAAAUGAUUAUUAAUGAAAAUUCUGAAUCCCAUGACUUCAACAUUGCCAAUAAUGAAUUAUCUCAAGAUCCUUUAGAAGUAGAUCACUUGAAAACAAAUGAAGUAUCAAGUGUUGUAAGCGUUCCGUUUACCCCGCAACCGAAGAAGCGUGGCAGACCGCGCAAAUUACCCGUGUCAGAGGGUGCAAAACCUGUUAUCACUUUACCAACCCCUGCUCUAGAAGAACGACCACAGCGAUCUUUAAGAUUAACUAGGGAUCGGCCAGCUAUAUUAGUAAAACCUCGGGGAAGGGGAAGGGGUCGUGGCGUGAAGCGCGCUCUGGCGUCGCCGCCCAAAGAACCUGAACCGAUUGUCGAGACCGCUACUAAUUUUUUUAACAAAGAGGACAAAACUCCUGAAGAGAUUGACCCGACUAGCUCACGGGUGAAACUGCCGCGAAUGACCGAGGCACUUGAUAAAAUGCCUUCCGUUUGCACGACGCCCCUGAGCAGUCGAAAGAGUAGAGAUUCCUGCAGCAGUACGGAUAUGAAAAUAUUCCCAGAAACUCAGGAGUUAAAAGUUGUAUUAGAGACAACACUGCCUAAAUUGGAAGACACGUUUAUGAAGUCUCCAGAGACGCCAGGGAGUGAGGGUCGGGGCCGAGGAGGGCGCGGGCGAGGCAGCCGCGGCGGACGAGGCCGCGGCGCUGCCAAGACCCCUCGCGGCCGCGGCCGGGGCCGGGGUGGUGGUCGCGGUGCUAUGUACAUGAAGGAGACCAUGGGUAUUUACGGACGUGUAUGUGGACCUGCUACCACGACGGUACAAUUAUUCGAAGAGGAAACUUGCAUGAUGGAUGAUAAUGCUACACCUGCUAAACCCUCGCAUUUGUUAGACGAAGACUCCCAGAGUUCUGUAAAAAGCUCGACAAACGAAAGUAGUACUAAAAUGAGGAAAUCCAAGUUCGCAGAUUUGUUUGACAGCAAUAAAGUUUGGACGGCUGCUGAUGUCAAAGAAUAUAUGUGGCCUCCUCCUGAAAACCCAAGUGCUGAACAUCAGGUGAUGAUGAUUCAAGAGCAAGUAGCGAUGUUCCUCGGUGUGAAGAGCUUCAAGCGGCGCUACCCUGAACUUAAGCGCCGCGCUGUGGGCGGCGAAGAGCGUGACUACAUCCUCCGGAAAGGGAUAGUGACUGAAGCUCUUUGCGAUCUUGGCAUCACAGCAGUGGACGCCAGCGAAGUCCUAGACAUCAUGCUGUCAGACUACCCCCAUAAAUACGAAGAAUAUCGGUCGCACCAACGCGAGCGGCAGAUCGCCGUCGCACAGGAGCCUCCGGAGAAACCUGAAGUGAGAGUGGACCGGGUGGAGAUGAAGAUCUCGGACAAGUCUUCAGAUAAACCGGAACCGCCUAAGAUUGAUCCGGAGAAGACUAGACAGGACAUGGCGGCGGCAGCGAUAGCGUCAGCCAGCGAGUGGAACGCGCGGCUCAACUCGGUCCGGCGAGGCGCCUGCGCCGACCUGCAGACCAUGACCGUGCAGCGGCGCCGCGCCCCGCUGAAGAGCCCGGGGACGCACGUCAAGCCCCCGGCCGGCUUCUACCCGCACGCCUUGCUGCCGGGGCAGUACCAGCACACCUACCGGUACUAUACUCCGGAUCAGUUGAGAUAUUUCCCUCUGAACACGGUGGUGGGCGCGCCGCCGGCGCCGCCGUCGCCGUGCGAGUCCAGCUCGGAGUCCGAGCCCGACUGGGGCUCCCACCUGGACUCCAGCGACGACAACAGUCGCAGUCGCCACCAGCCGCCUAAGCGCAAGAAGCUAAUGAAGGUGAAGCGAAGCAGCAGUAUGCUGGAGCCGAAAGAGGAACCCCGCGACGAGGAGUUGUGUCGCGCCUGCCACCUGCGUGAAGAAGGCAACCGCAAGUACUCGCACGAGCGCUUCCUCGUCUGCGCCAACUGCAACUGUCGCCUACACCCGCACUGCGUGGAGCUACCCGCGGACACAAUCCGCAAAGUGCGCGAGUACGCGUGGCAGUGCGCCGAGUGCAAGACCUGCUGCGCGUGCGCGCUGCCCGCCGACGACGACAAGAUGCUGUUCUGCGACCUGUGCGACCGCGGCUUCCACAUCUACUGCGUCGGCCUGGAGCGGGUGCCCACCGGGCGAUGGCACUGCGUAGAGUGCGCGAUAUGCAAGUCGUGCGGCGCUCGGGACCCGAACGGGCUGGCGCCGGGCGCCGCCCCCGCCCCCGGUCCGGCCGCCCCCGCCCCCGGCCCGUCCGCCCCCGCCCCCGCCCCCGCCCCCGGCACGCCGCAGGGCUCGGUGUCGGCGCCGGGCGCGGACUGGCACCACCAGACCCGGCGCGGCCCCGGCGGACACAAGCUCUACUCCCACUCGCUCUGCACGCCCUGCGCCAGGGCGUAUCGCAUCGGUCGCUACUGCCCGCUGUGCGACCGCUCCUUCAUCGGUCCCAAGGGGACCAUGCAACUCGUCAUAUGUAAGCUCUGCGAUAGACAGCUGCACCAAGACUGCGUUAAGCAGACGGUGGCGGCGCUGAACGUGCUGGACUACACGUGCGGCGACUGCCGCCGCGCCGGCAUCUCGUCGCGCUCGGCGGCGGCUCGGCUCGCGCCGCGCACCAUCGCCACGCUGUUCAUGGCCAAGCGCCGCUUCAACAAGUACGCGCACCGCCAGUACCUGGCCUCCCGGGCGCGCGAGGCCGGCGGCGACGCCGAGGCCGAGACCGAGGCCGAGGCCGAGGCCGCGCCCGACCUCAGCUCCGACCCCGACGACCCGCAGCCCUUCGAGGACUGACCGCGUCCGACUGUAUAGAACUGUGUAUAGUGAUAGUGCCGUCUGUGUAUGACUCGUUCGCUUCGAUACGCUCGCGCGCGACCCCGUCGCAUAAAUCUGAUUAACGUAACGAUUAACUAGUAGGCUACGUAUGUUUAAGUUAUCGGAUAGUGAAGAGAUACUAGCUGUAUUCGGCCGGGUCGACCGACUCUUUAUUUUUCGUGAUCUUCGCGGCCGAGUGACCGGACCGCCGCCGCGGUUAUAUUAUCCCUAAUAGUGGGUGUAGACGGAUUAAUUUAACAGAGGUUAAACAUGAAGUGGUUAGAUAGAUGUAGGUCGCAGAUAAACUAACAUGUAAACUGUACAGUAAUACUAACUUCACUAUAAUGGGUAGCUGGGCAAUCAUACUAUUUUUAAUAUUAAUAGUUUUGUUUUGAAAGUAUCCUGUAAGAAAAAAUCAUGUUGGACGAGUGCUUGUGUAAAGAGGCGCGCCGGUCCUCGUAAUUAUAACUUGGGAGAUACGAAAAUGUCAACCGACAAUUCGUUUCUUUACACAAGCACCGUUUUCGGUCAGAUAAUUGUUAUGUCGGAGAGAAGAUUCACGAGUGCUGCUCUGCUGCUGUUUCGUUAUGAUUAUUACGAAUUUGUUUAUAAACUAUUGUAGCACUAACUAAUAAUUUUGUAUGAGCUAUAUAUUUGCAUAAAAUUGACAAUUAGGUUGUAUUAUCUACGAUUGUUUUUUUACUUGAAGAUAAUAAACAAUUAUGAUAGAAACGUCUGCCUUUUGAUGCAUUUGAGUUUUGUUUCUAUGAAUUGUUUUCCCCUUUUGUUUUCGAAUAUCGUGAAAGUCGGUGAAAGAAAUGAUCUAAUCAAGACAGUCCGCAUUUUAUGUUUUGAAAUAGAUUAACUUAGUUAUUGUUAAUUUUCCUUUGUAAGGUAUUUAUUUUAGUUUUAUAUGGAUACAACUGUAUACAAUCUUGUGUCCUCUGUAUUUGAGAAAUGUAAAAUAUAUUACAAAAGUGAGAUAUGCCUGGAAGUCAUUGGAUGCCGGUAGGAGUCCAGUGAAAGCUUAUAUACAUAUGAAAUAUUGAAUACGAUGGAGGGCGAGUCCCCCUAUAUUACGCAGAAUCAUUCAAUUAAUUAAGGUAUUGUUGAUUAAAAUCACUAAAUAGUUAACAUAAGAUUUUGUUUCUGUAGUUUAAUUACUCGAAUGAAAUUCAGCAGCUUUCCAAUGUCAUUUCUUCUAUACUUAAUUUCAAAGUACAAAACCAUUAGGCUAUUUUGUGUCCUAAUUUACUCAUCGUUCUGGAAAGUUUAUGAACCCAAUUUAUUAUAUAGAUUAUUAAUAGAAAGAUCAAAUAAAUUAUUUAAACUCAGAGUAUAUGUUUAUUUUCAUUACGAAGAAAAUUAUUUAUUGUACGGUGUUAUAAAGAUAGUAUUAAAUAAAAUAUAGCCGAAUUGGGUGGUAUUCAUUUCCAGAGCGACCUCGAACCUCGAUACUCGUAGUCCGCGCCUUAUACGUACCGCUCGCUGUACUUACGAUCCUGCGCUGUCGUCUUUUAACCACUGCUGUGUGCAAUUGUCCCGUAUGUUGUGUAUUAUACUUGUAUUAGAAUUCUGUAAGUGCAGUAACAUUCAUCAAACUGAUGACCCCUAAUGUAUCAUGUUUAGUUUAUAGUUAUCUUUCGUUUAUUAUUAAUCAUAGUUUACUUAGUAACAAUUUUUAAGACAAAAUUUAUGUCCACAGAUUUAUUUCAACGAAUCAUGUUACUACUUUUUAUAUUAAAUAUAUACUGGUUUAGGUGUGCCUGUGUGUCACACACCUCUGAUUCGUAUUGCUUUAUUGACACAGGUGAAUUAAGACUUAUUUCUAAGGAGAAUAUUGAUAACUUUAUGUCUACUUAAUGCAAGUGUAAACGUUCUAGAAAUCUCGCACUGUUCGGUCAAUUUUGUAAAAAAAUAAAAUAAAUUUAAUUUGA